AUGAGCAACGGUAGCCAACUCGGAUCCGUCGUCACAGUUGGGCAGGACAAGCCGAUCGAUCGGGAGAAGGUGUGCCCGAUGCUCCUUCGUCUCUUCUCCUCCAACCAUCGUCAUAAUCCGAUUCGCGAGUUCAACAACUCAAAUAAUGGAUCCGUGCCGCCAAAUGAGGUCUUCAUGCACACCUGGAUGGACUGCACCCUCCGCGAGCUCACCACCCUCAUCAAGGAGGUGAAUCCAGACGCCCGCCGCAAAGGAAUCACUUUCGAGUUCGCCAUCGUGUCGCCAGAUCGCUCAUCGCCUAGAUAUUUGCUUCGUGAGAUCGGAAGCACACAGAACGGACAGCGAGGAUUGGAUGAUAGCAAGACGCUCCAACAAUGCAAAUUCGAGCCCGGAGACUUCAUCGACGUCGCCAUAAUCAACCCGGGAGGCCGUCGCUUCCCAUCAGGACCAACGUCUGGCCGUGAAAUCGGCGGAGACCGUUUCCACGGACGUCUUCGCAGUCCUGUACGCUAA